AUGCGGCGCGGCCUGCUCAUCUUCCUCCUCAUCAACACGGUCAUCAUCCUCUUCCUCGUCCGCAGCGUCUUCACCUUACUCACCUUGCUCGUCGAGGAUGCCACCGACGACGCUAUCCAGAACGUCGAGCUCCCCGGGGUCAACUCCAGCCUCAUCGACCUGCGGCCCCAAUUGAUCCCCAAGAUCAUCCACCAGACCUACAAGAACGAGAGCAUACCCGAGAUAUGGGUUGGCCCGCGCAACGGCUGCAUAGAGAUGCACCCGGACUACGAAUACAUCCUCUGGACGGACAAGAAAUCAAGGGACUUCAUCGCCGAGCACUACCCAUGGUUCCUCACCACGUUCGACAACUACCCCUUUCCCAUCCAGCGGGCGGACUCGAUCCGCUACUUCAUUCUCGCACACUACGGUGGCACAUACAUUGACCUUGACGACCCUCCCCAUCUCCCGCUUUUACCCCCUAUCUACCUUUAUACGAAUGAGAAGAAGAGGAAGAAGAAGAAGAAGAAGAAGAAGAAGAAGGCGACGAAGACGAACAACAUCAAGAAGAAGAAUGCGAUUGGUGCUAAUGCAGUGCGAUAUAUGCAGGGUUGCAACCGACGCCUUGACCCGCUGCUCUCUUACCCUGCCUGGGUACGCCGGACAGCCCCUACAGGCAUCUCCAACGAUGCCAUGGGCUCUGUCCCCAACCACCCUUUCUUUCUGAGGGUUAUCAAGUCACUGCAGGCAUACGACCGCGCCUGGGUGCUCCCUUACAUCACCGUCAUGUACUCGACCGGCCCGCUCUUCCUCUCCGUCAUCUGGAAGGAAUACAAGAACACCGACCCGGACGGCGUCAACCGUGUGCGAGUGCUGCUGCAGGAUGCGUACAACCGCCACUCCUGGAGUUUCUUCACUCACCACCCGGGCAGCAGCUGGCACGGCGAGGACGCACAGCUCAUCUUCUGGACAUUGGUCAUGCAGAUGGGGAGCCAUUGGAUGCUCAUCACCUUCUCCGGUUUUCUCGCGGCAGGCAUCGUCGGCCUGGCGCUCUGGCGAAUCUACCGUCGCGUCCUGUCCCUGGGCUCGAAGCACGCCCGUUACACACCCCUCGCAUCAGGCACAUCGUCACCACGCCGCUCCCUCUCACCCUCGCGCCGCAAGAUGCGCAUCCUUCCGCUCUUCUUCCAACGGUCACAUGCCAAGAAGGAGGACGAAGAGAUCGGACCAGACUCGCCGUACGAAUUGGGGAAUCGAUAG